AUGGCUUCUUCGUCUCCAAGAAAUAAAUAUGACGGCCAAGAUUCUCACAAGUUUCACAAAUUGCCGCCGUUGGCUUCUUCGUCUCCAAGCAAUAAAUAUGACGGCCAAGAUUCUCACGAGUGUUACAAAUUGCCGCCGUCGGGUAACUCGACCUCUCCGGGGUCCAACAACAAGAAGGCGUGCUCGUGUUCGCCUACGACGCACCAGGGCUCGUUCCGGUGCUCUCUGCACAAGGCCCCACCUUUGGCUUCACAUGGCGGAGAUCAUGGCCAUCAGCAGAAAACGGCGUCGUAUCACCUGAGACUUCGGAGGUUGGCUUUGAGGAAUUCGCUGCUGAGGAUCGGCGGAAUGGAGGGAGGCGACUUGGUGAAGAGGUUGUCGGCUCUGAUCAGGCUCUCCUCGCACCAGAAGCCCCGCCGAACGGCGUUCCAGCCGAGGCCGAGCCGCCUCUCCCUCAUGUCCAAGGCCGAGCCGCCUUUCAGGAAAAACGUCUAUUUUGACACGGGAUAA